UUGUAAAGAGCCACUAGAAAGUCACUACUUUCUAACAGUUCAAAACGUUUAAUCUGUUUUGAGACAAACACAAUGUUGCUCUUUCACAGAAGUUAUAAAGCGUGUUAUUGUAUAGGCAGCAAUAGACUGUUUUCAUCCAAAGUUGAGGAGAUUCUCACACAGACAGAUAGGCUGCACCAUGAUGCAGAUGACUGUGACACAAGGAAGGUGUACAAAUCCAUUAUGCAAAAGGUUCCCCAGCCUGUGGUGGUGGUGACGUCUGGAUACCAUGAGGGAGGACAGUGGCACAAGAAAGGAAUGACAUGCACAUCUUUCACCAGCGUGUCCUUUACUCCCCCCAUUGUUUCAAUUUGCCUAAAAAUUCCAAGUAAGUUCCAUGACCUGAUCGUAAAGACGCGUCACUUUGCUGUUCACACACUUGCCAGACACCAGGUUAGCUAUGGGAUGACAUUUGCCCAGUCAAUACCAAAUGUGUGCCAGUUUGACAAGGUCCCACACUAUGAAAGUAAAAAGGGUAUACCAGUGAUCCUGGGUUGUUCGGGAGUGAUGGAGUGUGAAGCGGACUCUGCUCACCAGAUUGGUGACCACAACGUCUGGUAUGGCAACGUGUAUGAGGCUCAUAUAGACGAUAAUGUUGCCCACCCCAUGCUCUAUCAGUGCAGGACAUUCAGAUCUGUAGGAGAUGAGAUAUUUAUCCAGUCCUUCGAGGACGCCACCCUUCCAUUUGAGGACUGGACACACGAGGCCCAUUUACGUAUGGCCUGGAACUACAUCCGUGAUUACGGCAGGGACCAGGCUUUACCCUUGAUCAGGGACGGAAUAAAACAUUUCAAUGAAGUUCACAAAGACAGGAUCAAGACCGGCUACCACGAGACCAUCACCAUGUUCUACUGCUUUGUGAUAGCAGAUGCCAUAAACAAUACCAGUAAUCCAAUAGAAACAUUUGAAUACUUUCUGAAACAAAAUGGCCAUUUACUGGACCGAAGUCUAAUGUACAAAUACUACAGCAACGAGAGGUUCAACCAACCAGAAGCUAAGCAAAUGUUUGUGUUACCAGACAAACAAGUGCUGCCUGGCAUGUGACAUCCCUAGAGGCCGGUAAAACCACCAGAGCAACAGACUGUGAUCCUCUCAUGAUCCUCUAUCUCAUAUGGUCACUGAAGUGCAUAAUACCUGUACUGUAGACUGUGUAAAUCUUGCAACAUUCUUUUUAUGGUGAUGUUUUGGAUAGAGCCAAUUUGUCAGUGUUUACAAUUUGUGUUGUCAAUAUUCCAGCAUCAACAAACACCUUUAGGUAAAAUGAUACUUUGCUAGAAUUUAAAACAAAAUCUGAUAUAUCCAUGAAAAACCCCACACAAAAUUAAAACAGUCUGCAGUACAUGAUAGAUACGAAAUUACCAGACCAUACUAUGGCCAGGAUAUAUACAGCAUUCACCAUGCUUCUGUGUUUAAACUGUCUUCUCUAAGAGACAGCAUCAAACAUUAGAUUUUAAGCAUUUGAAGACUCAAGUACUGUCAUCGAGGCAAUGUUAGUAAUCUCCACAGAGCAUGUUGUAAGAGUAUCCAUUACUUUUUAGUGAAAGACUAGUUCAAACGUGUACUAACUUCUUGACUGAUAGAUAGGAAGUGAUGAUGUUUUAUAAAUAACGGCCCAGGUUUAUAGCUAUCGAAAUAGACAAUACCCUGGUAUAUGUACACAAUACUUGUAUUACUUAUGUAUAAUGUAUGAUUUUAUAAAUCAUGUGCAUUAAUGGAUGUUUUCUAACAUUCUAGUAUUGUCAUUUGGUAGACAUUAUUUUCACUAGUUUACAAGUGAAUAUUGUUGCAGUGAUUUUAUUACAUUUCUCUUGUAAAACCAUGUUGAUGUUUGAACAAAACAACUGAUACUGUUGGGAAUGUAUUGGAUUUUAAACAACAAAUCAAACAGACACUUUCUAUUUUAUUAUAUAAGGCUGCCAUGCUGCUUUAGUUUUAAAUAAGGUGUAUUUGUUAAUGAUUGAGCCGACUAAUAAAAUAGCAAAAAAAUAAAA